AUUUAGCAUUGCUGCUGCCAGCCCCAACCACAUUUCUGAUUGCCUAGGAAGAACAGCCUUUCAAAUUUGACUUCUGCAUGUGGACAGAUUUCUUUACAUAUUCAUCAAUGUCUGAAGAAGUUACUUAUGCAGAUCUUCAAUUCCAGAACUCCAGUGAGAAGGAAAAAAUCCCAGAAAUUGGCAAAUUUGGGGAAAAAGCACCUCCAGCUCCCUCUCGUGUAUGGCGUCCAGCAGCCUUGUUUCUGACUCUUCUGUGCCUUCUGUUGCUCAUUGGAUUGGGAGUCUUGGCAAGCAUGUUUCACGUAACUUUGAAGAUAGAAAUGAAAAAAAUGAACAAACUACAAAACAUCAGUGAAGAGCUCCAGAGAAAUGUUUCUCUACAACUGAUGAGUAACAUGAAUAUCUCCAACAAGAUCAGGAACCUCUCCACCACACUGCAAACAAUAGCCACCAAAUUAUGUCGUGAGCUAUAUAGCAAAGAACAAGAGCACGAAUGUAAGCCUUGUCCAAGGAGAUGGAUUUGGCAUAAGGACAGCUGUUAUUUCCUAAGUGAUGAUGUCCACACAUGGCAGGAGAGUAAAAUGGCCUGUGCUGCUCAGAAUGCCAGCCUGUUGAAGAUAAACAACAAAAAUGCAUUGGAAUUUAUAAAAUCCCAGAGUAGAUCAUAUGACUAUUGGCUGGGAUUAUCUCCUGAAGAAGAUUCCACUCAUGGUAUGAGAGUGGAUAAUAUAAUCAACUCCUCUGCCUGAUACCCGAUAGUGGAAUUGCUGGAUCAAAUGGUAAUUCUAUUUUUAGUUCUUUGAAAAAUUGCCAUAGAGUUUACACUAACUUCCAUUCUGAAAUGGGCAUUUUUGAAUGAAAAAUUUAAAGACUGGUUUAGAAGAGCACUUCAGGUGAAAGAAUAUAAACUUUAGCUUAAUAUAUCACAUAUAUAGUAUAGAUAAAAUAAUUUGUUGUGUAGUAUAAUGAGGAAUGUGGUUAUAAAUAUACUAUUUUAAGUGGUUUUAUACAUUGUAUUUGUUCUGCUUAUAAUGGGGAAAAAAGUCUUUACAUGUAAAAAUAGUGGCAAAUUCCAUUUGUAUUUUUUAAUCUCUGAAAUUUGGGAAGCAGAAAAUAUCAGACGAAGAAAGAAACCAGAGUCUCAACCUGCUGGACACUAUUGGAAGUCCAUCAUUUAACACGUUUUUAGUAUAUACUUUUAGCAGGAGACAGCUCUGAGUCAACGGUGUUGAGGUGCCACCACAGUGAGUUUAGGCACUCAGAUCCCUGCGUACUCAUCACAUUGGGCCAUAAUGGCAAAUAGAAUUUUUUGUUUUGUUUUGUUUGUUUGCUUUUUCUUUCACAUAGAAAUAGUAAGUGUAGGAGUGUGGGUCAGAAAGACAAGGUGGCGCUACCUCUGAUGGUUGGCAAUGAUAGGAUACAAUGGGAGAUAAGCAAUCUACAAAUGGAGUGGAGAAGGAUAUAUAUUUUAAAGGCCUAAUUUGUAGUGAAAGACUAGAGACAAAGGUAAUGUGUGUGUCAGGAGAGAGUACAGAUGGAAUCUUGUUUUGCAAACGUAGAAUAUGUAUGUGUUUGUAAUUAUUGCAAAUGGAAUGGUAAUCUAUAAUGGAAUGGAAAACAUUGUAGAUAUUUUCAAUUAUCAAAAAGAAAACUGAAAAAGUAUAUAAUAAUAGUAUGUAUGAUAUAUAUGUGUGUGUGUGUGUAUAUAUACAUCUUCACUUUAUAACUCUGUUGUUUUGGGGUUUGUUUCUGAAAGGGGGUUGUAAUAAAUGACAUCUGUACUAUGUCACCACAAAUAAAUCUCAUUCUUAAACAUUUAAUUGAUGAACUUAUUUACUGGUUGAUAUCAUUAUUUUUUUACCCAAGUAUUGAUGCUAAAUUAAUCUAAAAGAUAGUAUUUUUAAUUUAUAAAUUUGUUUCUAAUGCAUAGUCCCUGAUCACUAAUCUAGUAUUUAUGGGCUGGUCAUUAGAACUUCAGAGAAAAAUCUUUUGCGAAAUGUCACUUGGAGAUGAUGUUAAACUUAAGGUGUCAUAUAUCUCAGGUGAAUUCCUGACUUUGAUGAUUAUAAAAAAAACUUGAGGGAUAAAGGGUCCAAGUCUUACUACUCCUAGCCAAUUAGACUAGGAGAAUCUUAUGGAAUGGUAUUAUUCCAAAUUAUAUUAUAUAUGAAGGGGCUGGGGUGCUAACUCUGUAAGGAAAGGACAGCAAAUAUCAGAUGUUAGAAAGUGGAAAAAGCAGGGAGAAAUGAAGCAGUGUUUGACAUUGCAUAUGUGUCAACAUAAACAAUUAACUCGGACAUUCUUGAUACUCUGAACAUUAAAUUAGAUUUAGUUUAAACAACACAGAGUCUAGGGCAAUAAUAUCAUGUUGGAAGUGUAAUUUUUUUUCUGUGAAUAUGUUUCAAAUAUCUGACUUGCCAAGUGUAAUUCUUUACUUU